AUGGCACCCGGCAAAGUUGAGGAGUUUCCAGACUCCGACUCAGACGUUGAAUUUGAAGAUGUUCCGAUAAAUCAUGGAGAUAGAAGUGAGAAUGUGCACGUGUCGGCAUCUCGACACUCACCACCAUGGACGCCAACCCUUUUACUUCCACCACAACGAGCCGGGCCUCUUGCCUCAGGGUCUGAAGAAGAAACCCAACUCCGAGGGCAAAUCAGCACGGGGGUGGAGCGAGUAACCUACCGCAAGAUGAAAUCCGACAUGGGUAUGGAUGCACCAGACACACCUCCGACACACCGCAGAUAUGACACCUUUGCCCAGCUCGCAGACGACGUCAAUGGACUGAUUGAUAUGCUGUGGGCGUCUGCCACGCCGGCAAUCCAAACCGAGGCUCUUAUAACUUUGGCUGGACUAACCCAAACCUCCCUUCCAUCAUUCUCAUUCUCAGCCGAAGCUACCCUCUCGAUUUUCCACAAAUUUGACUGUGUCUUUGCAGCCUUGUGCACCGGUACACACCCUACUACUGGAGUCGCGCUGCCAGGCGCGGUAAUUGGCCAAUCUCUUGUCACAGAGACACAGAAGGUGCGGAUUCGCAGCUUAGCCGAAAGGACAAGACAUCAAGUCUUUUCCCUUCUGACCAGCUCAAGUACCUUUGCUGGUGAUGAAGAUGGCGACGAGGAGCUAGAUGAAGUCGAUGAACCGUGGAUGUUAGAGGCUACGAAAGUUUACGAGAAGAGUCUUAUGUUGCUUGCAGAGCAAAAUGAUGUCACAGUAGAAGGAGAUGAGUUUACCUGUUGA